GCAGGUUGGCGUCUCAGUCCCAGAGCUUGAGCUCAGCGGCAGCUUGUUGCACCCGGACUCCAGCGUCAGCCCGAACCCGGACUCGGAAGCGGUAUCGGACCUAGAGCCUCUCCAGUGACAGUGCAGGGAGCCCGGCUUCCUGUAAUAACUUACUCCACGUGGCUCUGCUACUCCUGGGAGCCCCGAGUGAACCUCUGCAAACUCUGUCUGCUGCACCUGCCACUCCUGAGCCAGCUGGGUCGCCCGAGUGAACCAUGGCCAACGCGGGAUUGCAACUCCUGGGCUUCAUCCUGGCCUUCCUGGGCUGGAUCGGAGCCAUUGCCAGCACAGCGAUGCCCCAGUGGAAGACCCACUCCCAUGCGGGCGACAACAUCGUGACGGCCCAGUCCAUCUACGAGGGGCUGUGGAUGUCCUGCGUGUCACAGAGUACCGGGCAGAUCCAGUGCAAAGUCUUCGACUCCUUGCUGAAUCUGCACAGCACUCUGCAAGCAACCCGUGCCCUGAUGGUGAUUGGCAUCCUGCUGGGACUCAUAGCCAUCUUCGUGGCCACCGUCGGCAUGAAGUGUAUGAAGUGCCUGGAAGAUGAUGAGGUCCAGAAGAUGCGGAUGGCCGUCAUCGGGGGUGUGAUAUUUCUUAUUUCUGGUCUGGCUAUUUUAGUUGCCACAGCAUGGUAUGGCCAUAGAAUUGUUCAAGAAUUCUAUGACCCUAUGACCCCAGUCAAUGCCAGGUAUGAAUUUGGUCCCGCUCUCUUCACUGGCUGGGCUGCGGCUUGCUUCUGCCUUCUGGGAGGUGCCCUACUUUGUUGCUCCUGUCCCCGAAAAACAACCUCUUACCCAACACCACGGCCCUAUCCAAAACCUGCACCUUCCAGUGGGAAAGAUUAUGUGUGACACAGAAGCAAAAGGAGACGACCUUGGAACAAACAAAAAAUGGACACUGAAAUACUAUUAUUGACUUUAAGACCUUUAAACUUGGACUAUCAUAAUCUGAACUGUGGUAUUAUAAAAAACAUAUUUUUUAAAUACCCAUUGGUAAAAGUGACUUAGUCUUAUUUUAUCUCCUUUCCUUAAUACAGGAGGGAAGACUUUUUCAUUUGUAUUACUGCUUCCCACUGAGUAAUCAUCUCAGAUGUGGGAGGGCUGUUCCUUAAUUAUAGAUAUGUAUAUAGACAUGUUUUUCUAUAAAAAAUUAAAUAGUAAAAUCUCUUAUGUUGGUAUCAACAUACUUAACACACAUCUAAAAAUAUGUAUAUUUAAGUUUCUCUUGAUUAAGUAGUUUAUUUGCUAUAUCUCUUCUUUCUAAGUAUACACAUAUGUUAUACAUCAAAUAUUAUUUACUUGCUUCAUCAGCUUUUAGGUCUUUGACAUGAGACCUAGCCUACUUAAAGCAAGUAGAAACUCUUUCAGUUCUUCAUAUGUGCUCUUUUAUUUUACUUUUUUACUGUGAUCUUAUAACACUUGCUUUGUCAUCAGUCAUUCUUCAUGUCUUUGUUUUUAUUAGGUUGAGUCGAACUCAAAUCUAACAACACAUUUCCUAAGCAUACUAUUUAAUUCCUAAAAUCAAGGAGAAUCUCUUAUAACUCAGACCUUUGGAGGCAAAUCUUUUAGCACGGCUAGAUGAUGUAUUUCUGUUAACCUUCCCACCUCAUCUCUGUACUCUGACCUAUAAUACUCUUGUUUACUUUCAAAAUAUUUGCCUUAUUGAGCAGCUGUGUGCUGCUUUCCAAAGUGUUGUAACACAAUUUUAUUGAUUGAAUUUUUAAGCUACUUAUUUACAGUUGUAUCCCUCCAAACUACCUUUUUCUCUCCCUUCCCUCUUCAGUUAUGUGGUUUCUCGUAUGUAAUUAUCAUAUAUUGGGUUGGCCAAAGAGUUCAUUCAGUUUUUUCUAUAAGUUGACUCUGGUAGCACUUGGUUGUCUAAGUUCAUUUAAAAUUAUUUUAUUAGACUGUAUUAUGACAGCUGUCAUAUCAGUGUGCAUUUUUGAAAAUUACCAAAAUUGGUGACAUUUUGUGUAGCCAUUUUAAUAUUGAAAAGGAAAGAAAUUUAAUAUUGAAGAUGAAUAUUGAAGAAAAUAUACAACACUUCAACAUAUUAUGCUUUAUUAUUUCAAGAAAGGUAAAAAUGCAACUGAAACAUAAAGAAAUAUUUAUGCAGUGUAUGAAAAAGGUGCUCAGACUUAUAAAAUGUGUCAAAAGUGGUUUGUAGAGUUUUGCACUAAAGAUUUUCCACUGGACAAUGCUCCAUGGUCAAGUAGACCAGUUGAAGUUGAUAAGGAUCAAACUGAGACAUUGAGAACAACCAAUGCUCUACCACUUAGGAAAGAGCCGACAUACUCAAAAUAUCCAAAUCAAUAAAGUUAUUGGUGAAAAUGGAAAAUGUGUCUUUUAUUUAUGGAAAAGACUAAAUAAACCUUUUUGGCCAACCCAAUAGUUUACCUCUUCCCAGAUAGGUGUGGUCUGUCUGCAUCAAGUGCUAGAUUCUCUGUAGUGAUAAUGUGGUGACAAAUAUUCUCUCUAUAGCUGUAAGCCAGUCACCUAUUCUGUCCUUUUCCCAUAUGUCAAAUUGAGAUAAUGAUACUUAACUAGCUGGUGGAUGUGUUAUAUUAAUUAGUUGGUAUUAUGCUCAUUCUUUGAACAUGAAAUAUGUCUAAGUGGUGUUUUUAUUUGCUCAAUUGGCUGUUAGAAGUCAUUGAACCAAACCUAUACACACACCUGCACAAGGUUCAGUACCUUCCUCUCCCCUCUAGUCCAUUUCCUUUCUUUCAGCUGUGCCAUCAUGUUGUUGAUGUUUUGUUCUAUUUUCAUAAUCGCUCUUAGUUUUCCAGCCUGUGGAAAAUGCUACUUUACUUGAGCAACAUGAGGUAACGACAAGGGUGUUGCUGUUGGUGUCUGGAGACCUGACGAGUCCUGGUGCUACAUCAAUUACUGUCUGAGUUUGGGCAAGGCACCUGGCUGGCCUAGAUUCAUGGUUUCACCUGUCCAAAAGGGAUUGUAAUUCCUGACCUGCCUACCUCACAGGGUUUUUGUGGGGAUAGAUGUGAGAUAGAAUAUGUGUAAAUGUGGUUUGUAAGGUGAAAAGCACUGUAAUAGGGCAAAGAACUAAGUAAUUUAAGUGCAUAGGUUUGAGAUUACUUUUCAAAUGACUGAAGAGAGAGAAACUUUAAGAAAUAGGUUUCUUGCCUCAAUCCAUAUCUCGAGUGAUGACACACUACAGUGAAAUUCAGCUUACUAAAUGAAAAGGUUUCUAAAGAAGUCAGUUUCUUCAAUUAAAAUGGCUUGAUGCUUUCUGUGGCUAAGCUUUUCCACUUUUAGGAAUGCAGACUUGACCUAGGACAAGUCUGCAGAUGUAAUGGGUAAAACAGAAGUGUAAGUGUUGGCAAAGCCGAAGUAUGGAAAAUUGUUUGAAUUAUAAUGACUUGCAAGGAUAUUCAAGGUGAUGCCUUCAGAGCUGAUGCUGUUAGCUAGCAGCUAGCACUGCUAGGGUACUUUGGGAAUGGUAAUUCAUAGUGAAACCACACAUGAAAGAUAUCCAAAAGAUUGCAUCAUAUGAGGAUUUGAGCCUAGUAAGUUUUACUGUCUUCCAGACCUGAGUCUAUGCUUCUGGAAGGUAUAAUUGAAAGAGCCUUUGCUACAUAUAUAAAUCCUAGCAAUGUGCAAGUAUAAAUGCAUGUGGUUUACUACUGGCUAAACUCUUCAAAGAAGUUUAUAAUCUAAAAUGACCAACAGAAUUGUUGCACCAGAAUUUGGUCAAUUUUGAUAGUUUCGUAUUCUGUUAAUGUACCUGGAAACAAACCCAGUAGAUGUUGUGGGACUUUGUAAUAGGAAUUUGUAUAAAGCAUUAUUCUUUUUUCAAUAAAUUGUUGAAUUUUUUAAAUAAAAAUA